GGCACCACCAGUGUUUUACAAAUCUAGCGUUUUACAAGGUAAACUCGUGUAUUUGUGAUUAUCCGAACACUUAAACUCACUUAAACACCAUACACAGCGUCUAAGUUGAGUUUCACAUGUCUAUAUAGUAGAGAGUUUUAAUGAUAAACUCUGUGAUAGUGUCGUUAAGUCCGCUAAAGCUAGUUAUUCAUACUUUAAAUGACUUAUUCCUACUUUAACCUCAUGUAGUUAUAUUUGUGCAGGCCAACACGUUCUUUAAAUAAAAUGUCUUAUUUGUGUGAGUAAAGAACACACACAUAGCACUGCAUAAACAGAUUUAAGAUUGGUGGUAAACUGUCAGCAGUACUACUUCCUGAGUUUAGGGAAGGGGCUUGGUCCCGUGCCUGCGCCCCGCGAACGCGCAUCAAAUUAGCAUCGAUGAAGUUUGUGCGAACAUGGCGGAUUUCCUGCCGACCAGGUCCGUGUUAAAAGUUUGUCUACCCGUCUGCCUGCUGAACGGGGGCGAGGUUGAUCAGCUUCGAAAGUCCAAGGAGAUCGAUAGAUGUCUCUCCCGGGAGAAAACGUACGUGAAGCGGCUGGUGAAGAUCCUGCUGCUCGGCGCUGGCGAGAGCGGCAAGUCGACUUUCCUCAAACAAAUGCGGAUCAUCCACGGCCAGGACUUCGACCAUCAAGCCCAGGAGGAUUUCAGAGCCACAAUUUACAGCAAUGUUAUCAAAGGUAUACGUGUGUUGGUGGACGCCCGCGAGAAGCUGCACAUCCCGUGGGGUGACACUGACAACCAGAAGCAUGGAGACAGUGUGAUGGCAUUCGACACCCGGUCGGCCAAGAUGGCCAUCGGUCAGCUGGAGACGUCCGUCUUCUUGCGGUACUUGCCAGCCAUCAAAGCUCUGUGGGCCGACUCGGGUAUACAGUACGCCUAUGAUCGUCGAAGGGAGUUUCAGCUGGUAGGUGACACGCUGAUGUAGCUUUGCUGAAACUUAGCCAUGGUCUGCA